GGCGUCGGAACUCCGGUGACACUGGAGACUUGGGACUCUCCCGCGCGUAAAUGUGAAGCACAGGCACUCGUGUGGGCCAAGUCGGCGCACCAAUGGCGUCUGCUGGUUUCUCCAUCGUCGUCUUCCUCUUCCUUUGUCUUGCUCCCUUGGGAUUGCUAGCCCUAGCAGACGACGAUAUCCAGGUUGUUGGCAUUAGCUUGGAGAACCCUACUGUUCUCUUGGUCCCAACUGGUCAGCCUAAAUUAUUGCCUGGUGGCAAAGCUGGUGCUUUCUCUGCAUGUAAGCGUGCCAAGGUCUCUGGAUUGUCAAGAACAAAUAUCAGAAGGUAUGCAAAUGCAUUCCACAUUGCGUUGAAGCCUUCAGAAGGAAUACCAGAAAAGAAUUAUGGAAAGAUUGGUGUAUGUCUUCACAGGAAUGCUUCUGUUGCUCAUUGUCAAUGCCCAGAAAAUGAAUGGAAGUCCAUCCAAGAUGGUUACUGGAGCACUUUUACAUCACCUUAUAGAGAAAUGUACAUAGAUGUCAAGUUCAUGGAUGGAUUAACAGGCUUUAUUACCAUUUCUCUUGAAGAAGUUGUACAGCAAUGGCGCUUGCUUUUCCUUGGUCUUGGGCUUGUCAUAUUGCUUUUGGCACCAGUGGCCAGCCAGUGGGUGCCGUUUUACUAUAGCACUUCAAUGUUCCUCGGAGUCUUGCUUGUCAUUCUAAUACUUCUCUUUCAGGGCAUGAAGUUGUUGCCAACUGGUAGAAAAAGUGCCUUUUACUUGGCUAUAUAUGGAUCUUUGGUUGGCAUUGGAUCUUAUAUUGCACAUUAUUUUUCCAUGGUUGUUAAUUCCAUCCUUGAGAGUUUUGGGCUCAGCCAAGAGAUGCAUAAUCCGGUAUCAUUGUUUGUAUUUGUGGGAAUUCUUCUCGCAGGAGCUGGAUUGGGUUAUUGGGGUGUGCGGAAAUUUGUUCUCUCAUCUGAUGGGAGUGUUGAUAUUGGUGUAGCUCAAUUUGUGAAAUGGGCAAUGCGAAUUAUUGGGGUGCUUUUUAUUUUUGAGAGUUCUUAUGAUACUCCUUUAGCACUUGCAGCUGUGGUUUCUUCUCUUGCUUUGUGCUUGAUUAUUUCAUCCAAGGCAAAGAAAGGGUCACAAGCACGGUUAGCAAAUCGCAGUCUGUGGCGCCCAGGAGUAAAACAUACAUCUCCAUAUCAAAAUCGAGCAGAAUUCCUCAGCAGGCCAUCAAAGCUGGGUUCAGGGGCUGGAAAAAGUGUGACACGAUUCAUCAGCCAUCAGGAGAGCAUGAAGUCUCCAUAUGCUUUGUCUGACUCUCCUGUUAAAGGGUUGAUAUCGUCAUCAUCAUCUAAGAGCACAAGUCUGGUCGAUUCCAGCUACUACUCCACUUUCCAUAAAACUCCAGCAAGGAAGAGGUUCUCAAAGAAAGAAUGGGAGGAUUUCACGCGUGAAUCAACAAGAGAAGCCAUGAGAGAGUGGGCUUCUUCACCGGAAUUUUCUGAAUGGAUCAUUGAGAAUGCAAAUCGAAUUCAAAUUAUGCCAGAGGACAGCCCAGAGGAGAGUGUAGGAAGCGGGUCAGAUUCAUCUGGAGAAACUGCAGUUAGCAAUAGUAGAGUUGGCUUGUUCAGAUGGCGCUAAGGCAGAAUGUGCAUGGCAGCUACACUAAAAUAGUAUGCAAGCCUGUGGCAGAGGGUGGCAACAUGGGUAUCGCCACAUCAUGUUUUUUGUUGGGAAUUAUCCAUGGUUUUACCAUGAAUAUCAUUACUCCUACCUGUUAAUGGGAUCAAACUCGUCCGACAUCUAAUGUACUUUCACUAACAUAGAAUGUAGAAUUCAGUUUAUGGGCUCAUGUUCUUGUACUCCACCAUUUUUCAUUUUAGGACCGUUGAAAGAGGAAGGUGCAUGUACUUGCGGACGGAAAAUUUUGAUAGGUUUGUUUUAUGGUAUGGGGAUCUAUAGAUGAUGUUUGUUUGAUUAGGUUCAUUAUUCUCGUUCUGAAGUAGAAGAAUUCAUCCUUUUUUUGUUUUUUGUUUUUUUUUUUUGUAAAUGCACGUGUAUAUUCCAUCAAAGAAACUGAUGAUAUUUUUUCUAA